AUGUUUGCUAGUCCAGUGACUUCUACUCCAUUCUCUGUCAAAGAUAUCCUCAACCUGGAGCAGCACCAGACUGGCCUGACAGCCAUGGACAUCUCCCCCAGGCUGGACACCUCUUCCUGCAUGCUGUCCAGCUUCAAGCAGGAGUCGUACCCGGGUACUCCGUGCCUAUCGGAGCUGAGUGAGGACCUGUCUCAGAGGGACACCUCCAAGGGUUCCUCUCCUUUCCCAGGAUCUUUCUUCGUCAAGAACUAUAUGGAGAUGGAGUCAUCCAAGGAGCACAAAGAGGACAAAAAAGAACUCUGCUCCUUGCAGAAAACCCUGGAAAGUGACAAGAGAGACAUGGAUGACCCAGAUAGACCAAGGCAGAGAAAGAGAAGGAAGCCCAGGGUUCUCUUCUCCCAGGCCCAGGUCUAUGAACUUGAGAGAAGGUUCAAGCAGCAGAAGUACCUAUCGGCUCCAGAGAGAGACCAUUUAGCUAACGUGUUAAAACUCACGUCCACCCAGGUGAAAAUUUGGUUCCAGAACAGAAGAUACAAAUGUAAAAGACAAAGACAAGACCAGACUCUGGAAAUGGUGGGCCUACCGCCUCCAAGAAGGAUAGCUGUCCCAGUUCUGGUGAGAGAUGGCAAGCCUUGCUUAGGAGAAUCAUCUCCAUACAACUCACCGUACAAUGUCAGCAUUAACCCUUACAGUUAUAACACUUAUCCCUCCUACUCCAACUACAGCAACCCAGCCUGUAAUGGCAGCUACAAUUGCAGCUACACAUCAAUGCCAAGCAUGCAGCCCGCCUCAGCCAGCAAUAACUUUAUGAAUUUCAGUGUGGGGGACUUGAACACAGUGCAGACACCCAUCCAACAGGCAAACAGUGUCACUGCACUUCAUGGCAUUCGAGCCUGGUAG